AUGAGUGUGUUUGACCGUCGGAGACAGAAAUCCCUCUUACCUCUCUUCCACCACAUCGUCUGCUCGUCGUCGCACGUCGCCUGGCCAACGUUCGCAACGAUGGCCAAGGUCCUUUUGGCUCCCCAGAGCCCUCUCACGUGGCCCGUGCGUCCGUGCAUCAGUUCGCACGGAUGACAUAAUCGUGUUCGACUCGUUUUCCUCCUUUGCCCAACCGUGCCCUCUUCAUCGUGGUCAACGUCCUGCUGCUGCCGUUUGCUCCCUGUCUUCGUGUCGUAGAACUAUAUCUACCCGCUAUGGCUCAGCAGCCAACUGUCAUGCCUCAGGAUAUGAUGCAGCAACCUCAUCCGCAGACCAUGCACCCCGUUAACUCGUAUUACCCCGAAAACCCUAACGACCUGACUGGAGGGCUGCCUAUUAACCUCGACUCCCUGCGUGAUGGCCCGCCCGGAAGCAAGCCUUUCUAUCCCUACUCGACACUUAUCCGUUACGCGAUCAAGGGAGCUCCAAACCAGAAACUCUUGCUAGAGGAUAUUUACUAUGCUAUCGAGUCCAGAUUCCCCUACUUCAGGACCGCGCCUCCCGGAUGGAAGAACUCUGUCCGUCACAAUCUCUCACUAAACCCCUGCUUCGAGAAAGUCCCACGCCCAUUGACGGACCGGGGCAAGGGUUCAUAUUGGACCGUCAAUGACAAUGUCGAUCCUCGAACCGGCGUCCAUCGUGUGCGAAAGAAGAAGAAGAGCAGCUCGGCGAAACAAUCACAAUCUCAGCAAGCCCAGCAUCAAAUUGAGGAGGACAUUGACUAUCAUCCAGUAGCGCAGGAGCCCACUACUUUUCAUGAUCCAAGUGCUCAGUAUGUGCAACCGCAAGCUAUUGACCCUAACACUGCUGGUCCAAGUCGACAACCAGAGUAUCCCACAACGUAUCCUCCGCCGUUUGAUCCCAACUUCACUAUGAUGCCUCCUGCUCCACCACAGAACAUGCGCUAUGUCCCACCUAUGGGACUUUUCUCCCCAGACGAAAGCCUUCCAUAUGACGAGCAUGGUCAAGUCAACUGGCAUGUUGCAUGGCGCAAGGAGCUCAGCAACCUCACGCAGCUCACAGAGGAACAGGAGAAAGCUGGUGCUGAUCCUGAGUGGUUCAGGAUAAUGUUAUGGAGGCUUCGUUCUGCGCUGAUGGCGCCUCCUGCCGAUCCUAGUCUUCAUGGUAUGCCCGGUGCUCCGCCGCCGCCGCAUAGCCACGGAAUGCCAGGUCAAGCACCUAAUGGAGAGGUGCCUCAGGAAUAGACUGAUCGCGUAGUUUAAAUGGCUUGGGGGUGACAUUUAUUAUACCAAAGUAUUCUGGAUUAUUGCAACUGUUUCCUGUGCGUCUUCGCGCAUUUAUUCUUGACGCUAUUUACGUGUACUCUUUCAUGACUACCUGGGCUUCUACCUAAAUAUUUUCUGUCCGUUAUUUUAGUAGUUUCUUAUGAAAGUUGGAAUCUAGUCUGUG